AUGGAAAAAUUACCUCAUUAUCCAGAAAUUGAAAGUGUUUUAUUUAAUUGGAUUAUAGAACAACAUCAGUUACAAAAUCCUGUUGCUCAAAAAUUUAUAAUUAUAAAAGUUAUAUCACUUUCAAAUACAAGUUUUCAACAUCUUCCUAAUAUUCAAACAUUUAAAUUCUCGA